CUCUGCGUCUAGCUCACACACUCAAAGCAGCUAGUAAGAGUUAGCCUAUAGAUUUCCUGUGGGGUGCAAAUGUGAAAGUGCACAAGAUGCAUGGAGUAUAAUACUAAGGAUUAGGACACACACAACACAAAAACUAUUCUUUUGGUAUUUGUUCCCUCAAUUCGGCUUAAUUGCUUUCUUCCUCCCUUCUCUCCAGCAGAGAGAGAGAGAGAGAGAGAGAGAGAGGGAAAGAGAUCUGGAGCACAGCUGGGGGAAGAAGAAGAAGAAGAAGGAAGCAGCUAGCUAAUCGGCGUAAUAAUGGAGGAGUCGAGCUUCUUCAUGCAGUGGGCGCUCAACACGCUCGACCAGAACCAACUCCCUUCUUCUUCUUCCGCCGCUCCUCCUCCGCCGCCGCCAUACGACGGCGGCGACACUUUUGCUGCUGCCGCUGCUUCUUUCCCGUCGCUGCACGCGCUCCGGCAGUCGGGCCGCGGCGGCCGGAACUGUUUGCAGGUCGACGUCCACCGGCCGGCAGCCGCCAGCAGCUGGAGCGGCGGCGCCAGCUCCGACGACAGCCCCGCCGCCGCCGCCGCCAUGGACCACGACGCGUCCCCCGCCACGGCUGCCGGCUGGUCCCCGCACACCGCCCGUGCCAGGACCUCCGGCGGCCGCGGCGGCAGGCAGAUGAGCUGGAACUUCGGCGCCGCGUCGGCGCAGCCCACGGCGGACAUCAUCAUCUCGCCUCCGCCGCCGGCGCCGGCAGCCUCCGCCGCCCCCGCGAGAUCAGGCGGGAGGCAGGCGGCGUCGUCGUCUCCGGGGCCGGUGCAGGACCACAUCAUCGCGGAGCGGCGGCGGCGGGAGAAGAUCAACCAGCGGUUCAUCGAGCUCUCCACCGUCAUCCCCGGACUGAAGAAGAUGGACAAGGCGACCAUUCUUGGGGACGCGGUGAAGUAUGUCAGGGAGCUGCAGGACAAGGUCAAGACCCUCGAGGACGAGGAUGACAAGCAGCAGCACACAAGUACCACAAUCCAGUACUCCGCCGUGCUUGUCAACAAGAAGAAGACCUGCCUGGCUAGCCUCGCCGCCUCCAGCGACGAGGCUGGCGGCGAGUCAUCGGAGAGCCAAAAUGGCAGCGGGCUACCAGAGAUCGAGGUACGGUUGUCGGAAAAGAGUGUGCUGGUGCGAAUCCACUGUGAGAGUGCCAAGGGGAUGCUGGUGAGGGUGCUGGCGGAGGUGGAGUCGCUCCGGCUCGCCAUCACCCACACCAGUGUCAUGCCCUUCCCGGCGGCCACCGCCAUCAUCACCAUCACGGCGAAGGUGGAGGAGGGUUUCAAUUCCACGGUGGAGGAAAUUGUCAGGAAGCUCAACUCCGCGCUGCACCGACAUUAUACUGGAAAUGGAGAAUGCUAAGCUAGUUCAUGCAUGCAAUGCCAGUUGGCGUCGAAUGAUCGUUCCUUAAUUUCCUCGGAUGAAUUGAUAAUUCACAAAAUUAUGAGAGAACCUUCAUGGUGAGGAAUUCCUCGUUACGCUGAUGCACGAUGCAUGCAUGCGUCCAUGGACUUAAUUAUAUGUUUGCAUGCAUGCAUGGUGACGAGAAUUUCUCAGCCACAGGUUGCAAUCCAAGUUUUGUUCCCUAGCUACCUAGCUAAGUACGUGCACCUUAAUAUCUGUUUGCUCAAUUCCAAAUUACACUAGUGAAAUGAUGAGAGAACCAAGAGAUAUACUGUGUAAUCUCUUGAUGCAUGCAUGUUUGAUAUUCUUAAUCCUUAUAUAUGGAGAAAUUAUAUCUAAUAUAUAAUAAUUUCCUUCAGA